AUGAAGCAGCCUGCUGGUAAUGCCAUACUUAAGGUGUUGGACGGAGGAACUUGGUCUGUUAAGUUCACAUAUUCAAAACCGAAGGCUCAAUUCCAGCAAGGUUGGAGGGCAUUUGUCAGGGGCAAUAAUUUGAGUGACGAUUAUGGUCUUUUCAUCAAUGACAAUUAUGGUAUUUUCAUUUCUGAUUUGGAGCAAUCUGAAGCCUUGGUUCUCAGUGAGUUCUCAAAUAUCAUUUCAGAAGUUUGA